GUGGGUUGGGUCUCAGGGGCCGGGUGUCUGGUUUCCUCGCUGUUAUAGGAACUGGCCGGCGGGUGCGAGUUGGGGAGACGUUCGGAGCUUUCCUUGGAUCUCUGGUGCGGGGAUCGCGUCCCGGGACGGUCUCCGCUGCACAGGGAAAUGAGACCCAGUCCGGGGCUCGAGUGGGGGGCGUCCAGCCCUGGAGUGUGCCUUCCAACCACCCCGAUGUUUAAUGAACAAAGUUAUCCAAAGGCGGCUGUCGGGCCCGCCACGCCGGGCAGCGCUGGGAGCGGGCUGAGCGCCAGCAGGUCUACGACGGAUAUCCGCAAGGAGAAGUCGCGGGAUGCGGCGCGAUGCCGGCGCAGCAAGGAGACGGAAGUGUUCUACCAGCUGGCCCACACCCUGCCCUUCCCCCGGGGCGUCAGCGCCCACAGCUACCUGCGCAUGCACAAGCUCGUCACCUCGGAGGAGUGGCGCGGGCAGCCGGAGCAGGUGGACGCCUGUUACCUGAAGGCGCUGGACGGCUUCGUCAUGGUGCUGACAGAGGAGGGUGACAUGGCCUACCUGUCGGAGAACGUCAGCAAACACCUGGGCCUGACCCAGGUGAGUGGGGAGAGGGCCGCUGCCAUGCCUCCCUCCCCCAUGGCUGCUCCCACGCCCUCCGCUGCCCCUCUCCCCCACGGGGCACCCGCUGACGCUAAGAAGGAGGUGAAGACGGAGCGCAGCUUCUCCCUGCGCAUGAAGAGCACCCUGACCAGCAGGGGGCGCACCGUCAACCUCAAGUCCGCCACCUGGAAGGUCCGGCGCAGGGGAGAUGGCCGCAGCCGGGGCAGCCCUCGGCUCAUUGCAGAGGUGGCAGGAUACACGCCCGAAGAGCUGCUGGGCUGCUCUAUCUACGAGUACAUCCAUGCCCUGGACUCCGACUCCGUCAGCAAGAGCAUCCACACCCGUAACCAGGUGGAGGAGAUGGGUGUGGUGCUGUCACUGGAGCAGACCGAACGCCAGGGUGAGGGGCGGCGCUUGCCUCCAGAUCCUGACCCAGCCAGCCAAGCCAACGGCAGCCCCGAGGAACUGGACCCGGACACAGGGGAGACCAUCCUUAACCUCAGCUUCGGAUUACGAGGCGCUCGACCUGGAGAUGCUGGCUCUGUUGCCCAGGGACUCUGUCCCCCCAGGGCUCCCAGCUCCCUUCUCCCUCCGGCCCCGGUUCCUGCCUCCUGGAGCCAUACGUGUGGUCUUGCCCCCAGGGGCCUUGCCCCAGAGGUGGCUGCAUCUUGGGGGAGGGUGGGGGUUAAUGCUGGGCUGCCCCUGCAGGAUUACGAGGCGCUCGACCUGGAGAUGCUGGCUCCGUACAUCUCGAUGGACGACGAUUUCCAGCUCAGCGGCACCGAGCAGCCCCCCUGGCUGGCCGAGAAGCGGGGCGAUCCUGCUGCGGCCAGGAGAAAGGGCCCCCCGCUGCCCCCGGCCUCCCCCCCGCCACGGCCUCGCUCCAGCAGCUUCCAUGGGGUGUCUGGCCGUGAACCUGACCUGCCCGGCUUGCUCCGUUGGGGCAGCGAGACCAGCCUGAGCCAGACCCGGUCCCUUCAGCCCCCGGAAGAGGAGCCCAUGGACCUGGAGGGGCCAAUGGUGCCCCCAGGAGGCAACCAGAAGGAUUACCGUGCCUCUCACAUGGGGGCUAGGAAGAGGGCCCUGGAGCUGAGCCUGGAGGAGGAAGGGACUGACUUCCUGGAGGUGGUGCCCCUGAAGCGCUCCCACAGUUCUGAGUCUGAUGGCUUCUUGCUGCCUUCCCUGAAUCUGGUACGUCUGGUGGGGGCCAGGCCAGGCAGAUCCAGGGAAAGGAAGGAGGGUGCCCCUUUUACCCCCCUGUCACCUCUCUGA